AAGGUCACAUGAUACUGUUUUUACCACAUCGAUAGUACAAGAUUCCCUGGGCUUGAUAAGCCUCCUAAAAUAAUUUUGCACAGCUUAUUAAUGAGCCAUGGAUAUAUAGACUGGAGAUCGGAGUUGUCCCAACGCACCAAGGAUCUUUGUAGCACAAUAAGGAGUAACUGGUUGGGCUCAGAUCGCUAAAAAUGGCAGAGACGUCUGGUGAUACCGUGUAUGGAACGCAAGAGUCUGAGACUCAUGUAAUGUCAGAAAGAGUGCAGGCCCUUGCAGCAAGUGUAUAUGGAGAGUUUGAACGGAUGAUUAAAAAAUACGACGAAGAUGUCGUAAAACAGCUGAUGCCAAUUGUUGUAGGCGUCCUAGAGAAUCUAGACCAGUCAUAUAGGGACAAGCAAGAAAAUGAAGUGGAACUGGAAUUAUUACGAGAUGAUAAUGAGCAGUUAUUGACUCAGUACGAACGUGAAAAGCAAUUAAGGAAACAGGCCGACCAGAAAUACUUAGAAAUUGAAGAUGUUAAUGAGACAGAAAGGAAGGCCCUCCAGGACAAGGUGGAAAGCUUGGAGUCCAUUGUUAAAAUGUUUGAACUAAAAGCCAAAAAUAACCAGGAUCAUUUAUCGAGAUUAGAAGAAAAAGAAGCUGAAUCAAAGAAGGAGUAUAACAAAUUGCAUGAGAGAUAUACAGAGUUGUUUAGAACCCACAUGGACUAUAUGGAAAGAACUAAGAUUUUGAUGGCUAGUCAGGAAAGAGUGUCCACUGAACCACUGGUCAGUCCAAAGGGAAGGAGCGGUCUUCACUUGCCUCAUCUCAAAACAGUACCAGGAGGAGUAAACAUCUAUUCCAAUGCAGAGACGCCAUCUAAAGGCGAGCUUACUCCAGACUACUCUGGCUCCGACUCCUCCUCAAGCCGACCCCAGAGUCACAACACCAGUCUCAGUAACGAAAUGAAGCAGUUGGAACGUGAGCGAGCAGCCUCUGGAGACAAGAAGAAAACCGCUGACAAGACCCAAGUCACAGAUAGUUUGGAGACUGCAGAGCAUGCAACUACGCCAGCUGCCAAAGAAAAUGAUUCAAACACCAAAACGGAACAGACGGGAGAAAAACAAAUAUCCACUGGAACUGUUAACACAAAUCAGACAGGGACUGAAAGCCCUGAUAAAACGGGCAAAGUGCAUGUGUCUCCUGUGUCUAGUUUAUUAACUAGUAGUACCCCAGUAGCUCGUGUUCCCCUUGUGCCAGUUAAACAGGAAUUUUUGAACAGUAUAGAAGAAAGUUAUGAAGUGCCUAGGAAACGUGUUGGUCAGACAAUGGCAGAAAUUAUUCAGUCCACACCGGAACUUGAAGAUUUUGAUGGGAUGUCUCUCUCGAAGUCAAACAAGCCAAGAGGAGGAAAUGAGUCUUCUUUGUAUGAUGAACUAUAUGAAGACAUUGCAGAGAUGGAUGAUGGAAUUGAUAUCACAGGCAAGCCAGUUCAUCCUGGGGAAUACGCUUCUUCUGAUAGUGAGAAUGAUGAUGAAUCUCACGAAUCGUACCCGAUUGAUGGAAUGGGAAAAGAAGUGGAGAACCUGAUAUCAGAAAACAACGAGCUCCUGGCUACCAAGAAUGCAUUGAAUAUAGUGAAAGAUGAUCUCAUUGCUCAAGUGGAUGAACUUACUAGUGAGCAGGAAAUGCUGAGACAGGAGAUACAGAGUCUUCAGACUAUAAAGGUCAGGUUGUCACAAAGGAUAUCAGAGUUGGAAGAGGAACUGAAGAAGACUAAGGAAGAACUGGAGAAGAAGUCUUCUGCUGCUCAAGCAGAUGAUGAGGAGGAUGUUCCCAUGUCCCAGCGCAAACGUUUCACCCGAGUGGAGAUGGCGCGGGUGCUAAUGGAAAGAAACCAGUACAAGGAGCGCCUGAUGGAACUGCAGGAGGCUGUGCGCUGGACGGAGAUGAUCCGGGCCUCGAGAGAACACCCUGAAGUGAUACAGACACAGAAGAAGAAGUCCUCUGUCUGGGGAUUUUUCGGCAACCUGUUUAGCAGUUCCUCAAACAAACCCAAAAAGGAAAAACUACCCAUGGCCACUGUGCGCUAUAAUGCCCCCACCACCCAUGUACAGCCAGUGGGAGAUCCAAACAAGAAACGCAGAAGUACUUACAACCUUGGUGAUAAAGAACAGGCCUAUGACUUCAUGGAAGACCAGGAAAGCAAAGAAAAGUCAAGAUUAGAGCGUGAAAGAGAGCGUAAGGAGCAGUACAAGCAAGUGCGUGCCCACGUGAAGAAAGAUGACGGGCGUAUGCAGGCAUAUGGGUGGAGCUUACCUGCCAAAUUCCAACCCUCUGUCCCCAAGGAGGGAGGUCGCAGUGCCGCCCCAGUGCCUGUACCGGUCUACUGCAGACCUCUCAUGGACAAUGAGCCAGGAAUGAAGCUUUGGUGUGCUGCAGGGGUGAACAUCACUGGAGGUCGCACAAGAGAUGGCGGCUCGAUAGUCGGGGCAAGUGUCUUCUACUCCAACCCACCCCCAGAGGAGGAAAAGACUAAGACUGUAUUGAAUGAGGUUGAUAAGUUGGACCAGGAACUUCAGGAGCAUGAGAAAGGUGUCAACCCCGUGGAUCAGAACAUGUCCAGCCUGGUGUGGAUAUGUACCAGUACUCACUCCAGUAGUGUGGUCAGUGUCAUAGAUGCGAAUAACCCAGGGGAUAUCCUGGAGACCUUCCCCAGUACCCACUCCCCAUUGCUGUGUAUAUCUAGCGUGCCAGGUGCUAGAGAAAGUGACUACCCAGUGGACGAUGAGCUUCUACAAGUUGACCAGGAGGCUGCCCUGGCACCUCCCUCGGACAACGAGUCCAUGAAAAGUGGAGUGUCCAGCAAUGGUCAAGUUGAGUCCAGUGGCAUUGGUGGCAUCAGUUUUGUCCAGUGUGUCACUGGCUCCACUAUUUCACCUGUGGGCUCCUAUAAUGGAUCAGCUUUCCAGGACUCAGACACAAUCAAACAGGCAGCGGAGAGGUUACGGGAAAGUGAAACUGAUGAGGAAAAGGAUACCAAUCGUCUUGAUGAUUCUUCUAGUAAAGAUCCACUUGGAGCCUCAGCAUCCCCAGUGAAAGCCACAGUAUUGAAAGCCACAGGAUCCCCGGCAUCAUCUGGGGGAGAAACACCCACAAGUUCCAUUGGCAGUGGGAGUGAGAAGCGCUUCAUCCGAGAGCCAAAUGAACUGGUGAAAGAUGGCAUCUCUGUUCCACAGGCAGACAACAACAUGGUUGCCAGUGAAGUGGAGAAGAUGAGCAGCGUUCUUCCCACCAUGUGGCUCGGCUCUCAGAGUGGGAGUCUAUUUGUACACUCUGCAGUGUCACAGUGGAAACGCUGCCUACACUCUGUCAAGUUGAAAGACUCCAUACUAAGCAUUGUUCAUGUUAAGGGGCGUGUACUGGUGGCUCUGGCUGAUGGCACUGUUGCAAUCUUUCACAGAGAUUCAGAUGGUCAGUGGGACCUGAGGAAUUACCAUUUGCUGGACCUGGGCCGCCCUCAUCACUCUAUCAGAUGUAUGGCUGUCAUAGGAAAUAAGCAUGUUUGGUGUGGCUACAAGAACAGAAUACAUGUGGUGGACCCAAAAACUCUGAAAAUUCAUAAAUCCUUUGAUGCCCACCCAAGAAAGGAGAGCCAGGUUCGCCAGCUGGCCUGGGUUGGAGAUGGCGUCUGGGUGUCCAUACGCCUGGACAGCACACUAAGGCUCUACCACGCCUAUACUCACGAACACCUGCAAGAUGUAGACAUAGAACCUUAUGUCAGUAAAAUGCUGGGUACUGGGAAGCUUGGUUUCUCCUUUGUACGUAUAACCUCUCUGUUGGUGUCAUGUAAGAGACUGUGGAUAGGGACAGGCAAUGGAGUGGUCAUUUCUGUGCCACUCUCAGAAGGUAGCAAACAGCAGAUGACCUCGGGGGGUGGCAGUGGAAGACCAGGGGGUGUGAUCAGAGUGUACUCGGACACCAAGACGGACAGUGUAACCCCAGGAAGCUUUAUACCUUUCUGUUCUAUGGCGCAAGCUCAACUCUCUUUUCAUGGUCACAGGGAUGCCGUCAAGUUCUUUGUUGCUGUACCAGGGGCCGGGAGACAGGGAGUGACAUCUGGUGGCAGCAGCCAAACCAAGUCCAAAGCCAUGCUUAUACUUUCUGGUGGAGAAGGGUACAUUGAUUUUAGAAUAGGUGAUGGGGAUGACGAGUCAGCAUUGUUACCCGGUCCAGCCGCAGAGGAAAAGAAACAGAAUACUCUCAGUAAAGGAGACAAAAGUCAUGUGAUUGUCUGGGAGGUGGCCAAUCAAGAAUAACGUUAUAUAUGUGAACUGGUAUAUGUAACUCACUUGAAAAUGUUGCUGAAACUCAUUUGCAAGGCAGACAGACACAGACAGAUGAACCCACCCCGAAAAAUUGCCAAGCUUAUUUGUUUAAUAGCCCUCCCAGCAAGUUUGCUACUCAAGUAGAAAUGGACAGGUACUUUAUUAAUUUAAAUAGAUAUACUGAAUGGGCAAACUGAUAUGUUUAAAGCUUAUAUUAAGUUUAAACAUAGGCCCAGCAUACUUCAGCACAAAAAAGGGCAAGGUUAG